AGCUGACAACGUUGGCUAAAACAGUCAGUUAGCUAGCAAGAAACUAUAUUUAGCCUCGAAUUGUUACGUUAAGUAGCAAGUAAGUCAGAUCUGACAAAUCAGCACAGACUUUGAAGAAAUAAAAUAUCACACAUUUGAGUACUUUCACGAAAUACUGAUAAAGUUAACGUUACCACCAUGGUCUCUCAACGACGCUUCCAGCAUGCGCAGUCCAGAUUGGAUGGUUUUCAGCAGCAGUGUGGCUGUGUGCAGGUCUACGAGCCCACAGCACUGGACCCAAACUUGGCUUAACACUUUGACGGUGGACAGAUCAGAUGUGAUGCUAAUGCUAGGUCUAAAGCAGGAGAGGGUGGUCAUGCUUAGUCAAGCCUUUUUAAAUGGUACCAGCAAUGGCCCGCGGGCACCAGAAGCUCCAGUCCCAGCAGAAGAACGCUAAGAAGCAGGCCGAAGCUAAAAAGAGCAAGGGGCACGAUCAGAAGGCAGCAGCUAAGGCUGCCCUUGUCUUCACUUGCACCGUGUGUCGGACUCAGAUGCCGGAUCCCAAGACCUUCAAGCAGCACUUUGAGAGCAGACAUCCCAAGUCCCCCAUGCCUCCGGAGCUUGUCGACGUGGUGGCAUGAGACAAGCCACUGGUUAGGUCCCCUCACCAUGUUGACCUCAGAGGCCUGGCAAAUCUCACAGGCCACCGCUUGUGGAAUACCCCCCCUCUUUUCAGGACGGUUACUGUCGCCACGGGAGCCUCGCAGCAGGACCACAAAGCCAAGUUAACACUGAUGAUGAUGAUGAUGAUGAAGAACUCUCAGAGAUUUGAUGAAUAUCAUAUGUACAUCACACACUUUGAACAUGACUGCCAUUUUGUGCUAACUACUCACGCCACAGCCCAAGAGAGCUUGGGGACAAAUCAGCCGCUGAAUCCGCCUCUUUUGUUUGAAAACCCUUGUGGAAAUGUCAUGUGAAUGUUUGUCCUUUGAUUUUCAGACUGUCUGGCACAUAUCCUUUUUUGUUUAUGUGUGUGCACAUUCUUUUUAUUCUCAGAACAGUUGCUCCUAGGUCAGUUAUUUCUAUAUGUUAUUCUUAAGGAUUGAUUUGUACAACAUGCCUUUGAAAAGCAAAAAUGUUUUUUUUUACUCCCUAAUGUUAAUAAAAGAUAAGAAUUUGUUUUAUUAAUAUUGAGUUAAUUUUUUUUAUCCUUGAAUUUUUUGAUUUGCCAGCAACAUACUUGUAUUCAAUAUGCAGGUUUUAUGCAAACUAUUCUUGUGAAGAUGUGCAUAAAUCCAGUUUUACAAUUUGCCGCAAUACCUAUUUCAGUGUAUGCAUUCAUUUGGUACGCAUUUCAUUUUUAUUAACAUGCUAACAUAAGUAUUAUUUUUAUAUGACUC